ACCCUAUAAGAACUCUGUCUUUAUCAUAGCAGGCGCUGAUUGGCUGGUUUAACUGUCUGCUACCAUACCUGCCGAUGGUGCUUCUGGAUUUAUUGGAUGGGUUUAGGGAACCGACGAGAAGCGUUUGGUGCAGAAGUUUUGCGAGCUAGGUUGGGUGGGUCAUUUUCUACCAGAAGAAGCCCUUGCCUUUUUCACUGGCUCAACUCACACUUUCUCAACCCAGUAUGGUUCCGGAAGCAAAACCUGAUGUUGUCCACCACCCAUACUGGCCUCGGAAUUUAGAACUCCAAAAUUACAUCCCAAAUGACCGACCCUUAUGGCAGCUCUUGACAUUCAUAUUUUCUAUUUCAGGAAUUCUCUUGCUAUUGACUUGUUUUGUAGCAGGUUGGCGAAGCAAGACAUGGGGCCCUUUUGGAACUUGGCGCACCUUGAUCAUUUGCUGGUUUACCAUCUGUGCUUUUAUUCAUGGUGUCAUCGAAGGCUGGUUUAGCCUUUACUAUAUGGAAAUCCCAGGAGAUCAAUCCUUUCUCUCGCAGCUCUGGAAGGAAUAUGGCAAAGGUGACAGCAGAUAUAUGAUGUCAAGUAGUUUCAUAGUUUGCGUGGAAACCAUCACUUCCUGUUUUUGGGGUCCCCUCAGUCUUUGGACUGCAGUCGCAUUUCUUUCACGCCAGUCCCAUCGAUACGUGCUGCAGCUAGUGGUGUCUCUAGGUCAACUAUAUGGUGAUAUUCUAUACUUCUACACUGAAUACCAUGAUGGCUUUUGCCAUAGUGAGAAGUGGCACCCUACCUACUUCUGGUUUUACUUUGUCUUUCUGAAUGGUCUGUGGAUUAUCAUUCCCUCUAUUCUCAUCUGGGAUGCCUGGAAGCACCUCAGUGGUUGCCAGAGAGUAAUGGAUGCCAACAAGGUCAAGAAACAUUGAUGUUUUGCACAGGAGGUCAUAUUGGAUGGUACUUCCAGCCAUUCAGAGGUUGAUCUUGUACUCUUCCUGUUCCUCUGCACUUGUUUAGAUAUUUCCUGUGGUUUCUCUCUGUUUGAUGGUGGUUAUUCUCUUCUUUAAAUAUUCAUAGCUCUUAAGCUAUGAGCUUAAAAUUAAGACUGCAGUUUUAUCUUCAUGAAGGUUUUUUUUUUAAAUCGGGAGAUUUUAUUUCUAAACAAAUGUUAUUAGGAUCAAGUGACUCAGCUAAUACUAGUCAGUAUUGAACUGAGCCCUGCUGUGGACCAUAUAGCUUUGUUUCUCUUGAUACCUGCAGCUAUGAUCACUUAAGCCUGCAAGGAGGGCCCCACAUCUAGAGUUCAAUACAUUGAAGUAUAGAGACUCUGCGGGAAACAUUUAGUCUUAUUCUCAGAUCAAGUAGAAGGUAGCGUUAGAGGGGCUGGCAACUUGCUUCUGUCCACAUAAAGCUACUUGCCUUGAAGAUUCUUUUUGUUCCCAUGUAUAAUUAGUCAGUGAAUGGCUUAAACUGGGAAAUAGUAUCUGACAGCUGUCGCUCAAGAAUUAUAAAUACUUUGAGGUAGCACAAAGAGGAACCUAUCAUAUGUCCAUAUCUGAACUAUGCAGAAUAGUAAAUACUUUUAUAUCACCACUCAUUUUAUUGAUAGCUUUCUUUUCCUUUCUUUUCUUUUUUCUUCAGUUAUUUUUUCAAUUGCUUUGGGAUUGUAUAUCUGCAGCAAAAAAAAAACGUACUGUAAAGAUUUGUAUAUAAGGAGACAGAUCUCUUGCUUUAUGGGCAACUAUUUUCUAAUGUCCCAAUUUAUCACUGUAUCCCAAGUUCCAUUCCCUUGAAUGCCCUCUGCACAGCACUAAACUCUCUUAUUUGUAAACUGAGGUGUGACAUUUUAAUAAACAAUCUCCGUGUUGUAUGGGUUGGCUGAGGCUUCAGAGAAAACAAA